GAUUAAAAUCACCAAACAUCUGUAUGUCAAAAACACGUGUGAAGUAUAACCUGAAAUCAUACACGAGUUAUUAAUUUUUUUACUUAACCAUGGGGACAGUCCCCGGGUUCGCAAACCCGGACCAAACAGUCGAAAUCAACGACCCCACGGAAGAAAAAGUGAGAAAGAAAGGGUCCAAGAAAGGGGGUGGUUUCCAGUGCAUGGGUCUCAGUUUCAACGUUUUGAAAGGCAUAACAAAGCGAGGGUACCAACAACCGACUCCAAUUCAACGAAAAACAAUUCCCUUGGUGCUUGAAGGCCGAGACGUAGUAGCCAUGGCAAGGACCGGUAGUGGUAAAACGGCCUGUUUCCUAAUCCCCAUGUUCGAAAAACUGAAAGCCCGGAGCGCCAAAGCCGGCGCACGAGCCCUAAUUUUGUCCCCAACCCGAGAAUUGGCCCUACAAACUUUGAAAUUUAUCAAGGAGCUUGGCCGGUUUACGGGCUUGAAAUCGGCGGUGAUUCUGGGGGGCGACUCGAUGGAUGACCAAUUCUCGGCCAUUCACGGCAAUCCCGACAUUAUCGUCGCGACUCCAGGCCGGUUUUUGCACGUUUGCAUGGAAAUGGAGCUCAAAUUGAACAGUGUCGAAUAUGUGGUUUUUGACGAAGCUGAUCGCUUGUUUGAAAUGGGGCUGGGGGAACAAUUAACUGAAAUCGUCAACAGACUCCCCGAUGCGAGACAAACCGUCUUGUUUUCAGCCACUUUACCCAAAGUCUUGGUCGAGUUUGCCAAAGCUGGAUUGAAUGAUCCAGUUUUGCUACGAUUAGAUGUUGAAUCGAAAAUACCAGAAGAGUUGCAGUUGUGGUUCAUCACCGUGAGGCCUGAGGAACGUCUCGCAGCUUUACUUGUGCUCCUCAAGACACAUAUUGAUUGUGAACAACAAACUGUGGUCUUUGCCGCCACUAAACAUCAUGUCGAGUAUAUUCACAUGAUUUUGGAUCGUGUCGGGGUUAGUAACACUUUUAUUUACUCGGAUUUGGAUCCUUCGGCUCGGAAAAUAAAUGCGGCGAAAUUUUCAACCGGGAAAGUUAAGGUUUUGGUUGUAACUGAUGUCGCAGCUAGGGGGAUUGAUAUUCCACAGUUGGAUAAUGUGAUUAAUUACAAUUUUCCGGCCAAAUCUAAGUUAUUUGUUCAUAGAGUUGGUCGCUGUGCCCGUGCCGGCCGCUCAGGCAUCGCCUACUCCCUAGUCGCCCCCGACGAGUAUCCCUACUUACUCGAUUUGCAUUUGUUUUUGGGGCGUCCUCUAGCCAUCAAAACACGAACCGAAGCCGACGGUACAGUGGGGAAAGUCCCACAAGCAUUGCUUGAAGAGCAACACGGUGCCCUUUUGACACUACACGAAAACAACAUUGAUUUGGUAAGCAUGAAAAAGGUGACAGAGAACGCAUAUUUGCAAUAUGUGAGGUCACGGCCUGCUGCGUCCUCCGAUAGUAACAGAAGAGUGAAAGAAUUACCGUUUGUGAAUUGUGGAAUUCACCCAAUUUUUGGGGAAUACGAGGAGUUUGUGGAGGAGGCAAGAGAGAGUUUAUUGGAAAAAAUGAAAAGUUACCGGCCGCAAGGGACAAUAUUCGAAAUCUGUGGGAAAAACAAGUCGCAAGAGUAUCAAAUCAUGAAGCAGAAACGGUCGUUUCAUAAAGAAAAAAUCACUUCUUUUCACCAAAAUCAAGAACAGAAAGAGAAUGAAAAACAAUUGUUAAGCCACAAGGACGAAACCACUUUACCUAAAAGUAGUUCACAAGAUAUUGACGAUGCAUUUGGUAGGGUGAUAACACCCAAAAAACGCAAAUUUGAGACUUUGUACAAGAAAAAUAAAAAACAGAAAACGAAAGAUGAGAAUUUCAUUCCAUAUUUGCCGGCUGAUCGACACACAGAGGAGGGACUGGCUGUUAACAACUUCCAUAACGAAGCAAGCAAAGUCGCGUUGGACAUAACCGGAGAUUCGACAGAAAUGAUGAGGAAAAGCGUACAACUGAAGAAGUGGGACCGGAAAAAGAAGAAAAUGGUGGCAGUUCCGGACAAGAAGAGUGGGAAAAUUAAGACAGAAUCGGGGGUUUGGAUCCCGGCAACGUACAAAAGCAAUCGCUACGUCCAAUGGAAGGAAAAAUCGAAAAUUGGACAAAAUAACAGUGAUGACGAAAAUGACGAAACAGGCCCCAAAUUGCACACCGAAGCCAACACCCAUUGGGCCCGACACAACAAAAAGCUCCAAGUGAAGCAAAAAUCCGAAUUGAAAACAACCGAUCAAAUUUUGAAGGCGCGAAAAAUCGCCGAGAAGAAGAAAAACCGACAGAGGAAAAAAGGAAAGAAAGUGAAACGCAACAAAUAAAUUUAUUUAACUAUU